AUGGAAGUAAUGGAAAUUGAUAAAAAAAUAAAUAAAUGUGAAGAAUUAUUUUGGAAAGUUAUAAGAAAUAAAUAUUUAUUUAAUUAUAUAUUUCAAGUAUUGGAAACAAUGCCAAUUGAAUUCGAUUCAGUUAGUAAAUAUUAUAUUGGUAAUAGAAUUAAAUUUAAGAAUAUAAAGAAUUUAGAUUGGAUGGUUAAACAUGGUCAAUGGGAAAUAUUAAGAGAUAAAUUAAUUUCCAGUCAAUAUAUUUGCAUUAAUCUUGAAAUGAUAUCACCUUUUCUAAUGAAAUGUAAAGAUGAAUCAAUAUUAGAACUAAUGUUUGAAAAAAAGAUAACGGAAUUAAGACAAAUCAAUAUAAUUGAUUCUUGUGUGUCUAGUGCAAAUGAAAUAUCAAUAAAUUUCUUUUUAUCAAAACUUGAAAAUAAUCCACACCUUUUGAAAACAUCUUUACCAAUUUAUCAAUCAACCAUUAGAAAUUCAAUCACAAAUUCAACACCUAAAGUAUUUGAAAAUCUUAUAAAAACUCAACCAAUUUUAGAUGAAUCUUUAAAAGAAAAUUGUAUUCAAUAUGCUUUAUUAAAUAAAAAUCAUAAAGUUGAAAUGAUUAAAUCUGUUAAAAAAUAUUUGGAAAUUAUUUAA